UUGUUUACAUCAAAAUUUGUUCGAAUGUAUGCAUGUACAAUUUUCUGCAGAAUUUUAAGGUUAUUUUUUAUUUGAAGAUGAUUUGAAUUUUACUCAAAUCUAGGACAUUUCUCUUCUAUGCAAAUAAUGCUAAAUGAAAGACUGAUGAAAUCGGAAGGCGAAAGAAUGUCUAAACACGGUGCUGGCGAACACAGUACAAUACUUCAGGAAUAUGCUGAAACCGUGGAGCGUCUUAAACAAGAAUUAAUAAACUGUAAAUUAGAACAGACGAAUCUUCGUAGUCAGCUUGAAAGUCUUCAAAAUGAUAGUAAAAAUGUAGGACAAGUCGUGCGAGAAUGCCUCUCUCACAGCGGUCUAGACAAUUGCGAUGGUCGUUCAGAUGACAAGGAAAUGAUCUUGAACCUUCAAAAACGUGUAGCUAUCCUACAAAUGGAAAAAGAUACGACUAAUCAAUUAUGGCAAAUGUCUCUUAGAGCAGUAGAUGUUUUGGACACAGAACUAAAAACGUUUAAAAAGAAUGGCAAGGAUAUAAGAACAUACGAGGAACAAGUGAAAAAUAUCAAAGAAGCCUAUUCAGAAGCAAUCAAAGCACUGGAAGAAAAACUUGUACAAACCAAAGAAAAUUUUAUCAAGCAUCAAUCAAAUUGGAGUGAAAAUAAACAGAAAUUUGAAACACUACAAAAAGAAAAGCAAGACUUAGCUGUAAAAUUUGAUAUGUUUCGACAAGAGGUAAUGAAAAAAGAACACUCCAAUGAAGAGACAAUAAUUGCACUGAAGACUGAAUUAGGUAUCAUAAAACCACAACUACAACAGGCAACACAAUUGCGCAUUGAACUAGAACAAAAAUUGGAAGAUGCACGAAAGUUUGUUGUUACUGCUGUAGCAAAAGAUAGCGAAGCAAAAAAUAAAGUGUCCGAGGCUAUUGAACUUGUAGAAACGGCAGUUAAGGAGAAGGAUUCAGCUCUGCAAAGAGAAGCUCGUACUUUGGAUGAAAAGUUGAGAAUCGAAAGGCAGCUAUUCACCAUAACAGAAGAAUAUAAUGCUAAUCUGGCAAAAGAGGUGUCUCGUGUGAAGCAGGACUUUGAUAGAAAUAUGAAAAAAUGCUUACUAGAAAACAAAGAAUUAAAAUUAGGAUUGAAAGAAAACGUUAUGUUAUUAGAACGUGCACAGAGAGAGAGUCGCUUGAUGGAAGAAGAACUCGAAAAGAUGCGGCACAAUUCAGAUGAUUUAUUGCGUAGAUCUAAUACUAAAAUCUUGGACCUAGAACAAAAGCUUAAAGAUGCUGAUAGCAAAUUAGAAGUUUGUAAUAUAGCAGAUUGCAAAAAAUACAAAGAACAAACAAAGCAGUUAGAACAACAGAUAGCUGAUUUAGAAUCAAAAUUAGUUACAUCAGAUGAUCGAAUAAAGCGUAUUCAAAUGCAAACUGCCAGAGAAGUAGAAGAACGAGUGAGGGAAGCUGAUGAACGAACUAAAGAAGCUGUGGAAAGAUAUAGCAAUUUAGAAAGGCGCUUAUCUAGAGCUUUAGAUGAAAAGGAAAAGAUUACCAUGGAACUCCGAUCCUUACAAUCAACAUUUGAAAGAGAUAUUGAAAGAAGAGACCAUGAGAGAUGGUUACUAGAUAAUAGAGUGCGUCAACUGCAAGAAGAUUUACGCAAAGCUACUGACUCUGUCGACCAGACAAAUGCACGUGGCAGUAUGUUGGCUGAUCAAAUAAAUCAUCUUGAAUAUGAAAUGAGAAAAAAACAUUGCACAGAUAAAACAAUCAGAAAUGAAGGCCCAUGUUAUAAAAUGGAAUUAAUGGAACAAUUACGAAUAGUACAGGAUAAGUUCGACAAAAAGACAAAAGAGUUAUCUCAGCAUGUUGAAAUUCACCAAAAACUAAGUCAAAAAUGGAAGGCAGAAGCAAAGUCACUUACAAGUAGCUUUCAAAUGAAAUCAAAAGAAUUGAGAAGAAAAAUUAAUGCUCUAAGGAAAGAAAAUGAGGAAUUAAACAAAGAAUUGCUGGCAUGUCGAUACCAACUUACACAAUGUAGAGUUAAAGCUAUUCAUAGGUAUGAUCAAGGAGAUGGGACCAGGUGACAAUAUAGUAUACUAAUGUCACAUCUAGAAAAGCCUGUAAAUAUAUUAACAAAAAAACAUUUAUUUAUUUUGAAAAUACAUUUUGGUAUCAAGCACCAC